AUGGCGGCGUCCAUGGCGCGGCGCUUGUGGCCUUUGGUGGCUGGUCGGGGUCUUCGUUCCCGGAGAGGCUGCAUCGGCAGCCAUAGCCCAAGAAGAACUUUUGCCACGGAGAGACGAGACCGGAACCUCCUGUACGAGCACGCGCGCGAGGGCUACAGCGCGCUCCCUCAUCUGGACAUGGAACCUCUGUGCGCAUGCCCGGAAGAGGCCGCGCGCGCCCUGCAGCUCCGCAAGGGGGAGCUGCGGCCCGAAGACCUGCCCGCGAUCAUCUCAGCAUGGCAGGAGCUGAGGCAGCUGCGGGAGCAGAUCCGGAGUCUGGAGGAAGAGAAGGGGGCUGUGGCUGAGGCAGUACGGGCCCUGAUGGUCAACCGGGACAACACUCAAGUGCAGCAGGACCCCCAGUAUCAGAGUCUGCGGGCCCACGGCCGAGAGAUCCGCAAGCAGCUCAUGGUCCUGUACCCCAAGGAGACUCAGCUUGAAGAGGAGUUCUACCUGCGGGCGCUGAGGCUGCCCAACCAGACCCACCCGGAUGUGCCCGUCGGGGACGAGAGCCAGGCCCGGGUGCUCCACGUGGUCGGAGACAAGCCAGCAUUCUCCUUCCAACCCCGGGGCCACCUGGAAAUCGCGGAGAAACUUGACAUCAUCCGGCAGAAGCGCCUGUCCCACGUGUCCGGCCACCGCUCCUAUUAUCUCCGUGGGGCCGGGGCCCUCCUGCAGCACGGCCUGGUCAACUUCACCCUCAACAAGCUCAUCCAGCGGGGCUUCACUCCCAUGACAGUGCCAGACCUUCUCCGGGGAGCUGUGUUUGAAGGCUGUGGGAUGACACCAAAUGCCAACCCAUCCCAAAUUUACAAUAUUGACCCAUCCCGCUUCGAAGACCUAAGCCUGGCUGGGACAGCAGAGGUGGGGCUCGCUGGUAAGCACCUGCCUGGGGGCAGCAGCAGGGAUGAGGAUACCUCCAGUGUCCUCAGAGCAGGAGGGAUUGUAGGGGGAUAA